CAAUUCCCUAUCCCUAAUAGUGUCCAGAUUAUAGCACUAUAUCCUUUUUUGGUUUUAUUUUCCAUUUGGCUAGUCAAUAGUUGGGGCCAGUUCGCAGUCACAAUCAAGUCAGUUAUUUUGUUUUUACGAUGAAGCCUUCUGUAUCUGAGUCCCAAAUACUCGGAUGCGCCAGCCGCCCGCCCCUGCUGCACAUUGCAAUGCUGUUUCUUGUACUUGCAUCAGCUGCAGUGGCUCGCGAUCUGUCAAAUAACGACGCAUACAUUGCGCCUGGGCAAUAUUCGGAAAUGCCGUCCCAGAAUAAGAAGCGGGCUGCAAUUGGAUGCGCCUUGCUGACGCUUGUUGGAGGCGCUGCCUACGCCGGUAUUGAGCGGCUCAAGACUGCUGUCAAGUUUGCCUACAACUGCUUCUUUAAGCCACUGGGGCUGCACACGAACCAGCAAGGCCGCCUGGACGCUUUCUACGAGGGCCAGGCCGACGUAUACGAUGCUACACGCGGCGGACUAUUGCGCGGGCGCACUACUAUGCUAAAACUAGUGGCUGCUGAGCUUCGCAGUCGCGUGCAGAACGGCUCCAAGCCGAUUUGGAUUGAUGUUGGCGGCGGGACCGGGUGGAAUAUCGAGCAGAUGGACAAAUACUUUGGCAUCAAGCAGUUCGAGCGUGUGUAUCUGAUUGACCUGUGUCGUCCUCUGUGCAAGGUAGCUGAGGACCGGUUUCGUGAGCGCGGCUGGACCAAUGUCACCGUGCUGUGCCAGGAUGCUGCCACUUUUGAGCUUCCUGGUCUGGCGGAUGACAUUGGCAAGAUCGAUCUUAUCACGAUGUCGUACUCGCUGUCGAUGAUUGAGUCAUUCAACCCCGUGGUCGACCGCCUGUCUACACUGCUGAAGCCCGCCGUCGGUUUGUUGGGAGUUGUCGACUUUUAUGUUUCCGGUGCCUCAGGCCCAUCGGCCCAGUCGGAGACAGCAGGCAUCCUCAACUACCAAUGCAACUGGUUCACACGUGUCUUUUGGCAGCACUGGUUCGAGUUUGACCACGUAUAUCUGCACCCGUGCCGCCGCAACUAUCUUGAGCACAAGUUCGACACGCACAAGGUCCUGAAUGCCCGCAACCACUUUGUCGUGCCGUAUCUGAUCCAGAUGCCCUACUAUGCUGCGCAUGUCUCGGCUAUUGGCUCGAAUGUGCUGUAUGACACUGCCUGUGGACACAUAGGAAACAUUGGCAGCAACACAGAUAAUCGGACAGGCCACGGCGUACAUGGCGCAAACACAGCCCCUAGCAACCAUCAACGCUUGAGUGCGAUCACCCGUGUCGAUUCCGGCUAUCUGACACCCGGCAAUUCCCCCAAGCAACUUCCAACCACUGAUGUCACCGAUACCCCCGCAAGUGUCAUGGCGCCGGAAAUCCUCGGGGUUCCAGCAAUUGCGUCUUCAGCUAGCAACAAGCACACGCACGGCUGGGUGCGUAUGCCCUAUACCCCAUCCAAACCCGAGCACGCCCAGUUUGCGACAUACAUCUAUGGGUUUACAUGGGAGGAUCCAAGGCGCGAUGUCGAGGUUUUGGAGCUGACAGCCAACGACAAUGUAAUGGCGCACCAGCCAGGACUGAGGAUCCAGUGCAUCGAUAUGAACCCGUGCCAGAACCACCUGCUGGAGCUCAAGCUGGCUGCACUGCGCACUCUUGACUACGACGAGUUCUGGCAGAUGUUUGGAUGCGGCCUGAAGAGCGAUUUUGUCGACAUUCUGGAUUGUAAGCUGUCAGCCCACCUCUCAUCCAGCGCAUACCAGUUCUGGAGAGGCAAUGCCGAUACUUUUGCACCAAAGUCGUCGCCUGCUCUGGAAAUGCUGCUAGGCGAUCUGGCCCACCGCAAUCUGUACACGACAGGUUGGCUUGGCGUGCACAAGUAUACACAGUCAUUGGUUGUGGCCAAGUCCUUAGCUGAGCAGCGUGAAACAUGGCUAGACAAGGUGCGUGGACGCAUUCUCAGCACCCUGGCAAUCCGCAUCAUGGACAAUCCGGUGGCAAUGUGGCAGCUGCUGGGUGUGCCCAUCAACCAGUGGAAUAUGCUGCGCAGCGAGGGGUCGAUGGGCCAGUACAUGGCAGACACGAUUGAUCCGGUUGCCACAUCAACGUCGUUUGUCAACGACAACUACUUCUAUCACCUUCUAUUCAGUCGCAGCUACUCGGAGCAGUGUCGCCCAGACUAUCUGACACCCGAUGGUUUCAGAACGCUGAAGCAAGCUGCGAACGACACCCACACCACGUUCACGCUGCAUACGUCGACUAUUCUGGAUGUCUUGCGUAAAGUGCAGCCGGGUGAGCUGACCAAAGCUGUGAUUAUGGACCACAUGGAUUGGUUCACUGAGAAGGAUGCGGAUGAGGAGGUUAUUGCACUGGCUCGUGCUGUGCGCACUGGCGGAUUCGUGCUCUGGCGGAGUGCUGCUCGGGUUCCAUGGUAUAUCGAGGUGUUCAGGAAGCAUGGGUUUGCAGUUGAGGCUCUUUCAAUCCGUAAACCUGGCUCACUGGUGCCGAUUGAUCGAGUCAACAUGUAUGCAAGCUUCUACAAGGCGACUAAGCUCUGAG